GCAUAAAAAACGCGCACGACCACAAUUCCUUGCGCUAAAUAAAAUUUAGUUCAGAACCCCCUCUCUGCACAAAUUAGACUGCUGCUACGCUCGCUCGCUUCAGGCUCGCUCGCUCCGCAGCAACCACUGAACCACAGACAAAAAACUAGAAAGUGGUGUUUCACUAAUAAAUCAAAGUAAAGAACUGAAAACCUUCUAGAUGGAUUCCAUUCAAGGAUGUCAAGUUCUUUGUGAAGCGCUUGUUCAACAGGGAGUCAAAUAUAUGUUUGGAGUUGUUGGGAUACCAGUUAUUGAAAUUGCUAUUGCUGCACAAGCUUCAGGAAUAAAAUAUUUUGGCAUGAGAAAUGAACAGUCAGCAUGUUAUGCAGCAUCUGCUAUUGGCUAUUUAACACAAAGACCUGCAGUUUGUCUAGUUGUGUCUGGUCCUGGUCUGCUCCAUGCCCUAGGUGGGAUGGCAAAUGCAAUGGUUAAUUGCUGGCCAUUGAUAGUCAUUGGUGGUAGUAGCGAUAGAGACCAGGAGAGCAGAGGAGCCUUCCAAGAAUUCCCCCAGGUUGAAAGCUCUCGUCUGUACACUAAGUACGCCAGUCGACCAAACAAUGUCGCAAGCAUUCCAUUUAUCAUUGAAAAGGCUGUUCGUAGCAGUAUUUAUGGUCGUCCUGGUGUAUCCUAUAUUGACAUUCCAGGUGACAUGGUGCUUGGUACAACAAGAGACUCUAUAAGUGCUGUCCCAGAUUGCUUGCCGCCGCCAACAUCUCAGGCAGAUCCAACUGAUGUUGAACACGCUCUGGCCAUCUUGAAAUCGGCAAAACAACCGUUAGUUAUCAUUGGAAAAGGUGCUGGAUAUGGUCGUGCGGAGAAAGAAAUUUGUAAGUUUGUGGAGAGAUUUCAAUUACCAUUUCUACCGACGCCAAUGGGGAAAGGUGUGAUUUCAGAUGAGCACCCCCUGUGUGUUGCUGCAGCAAGAUCAAGAGCCUUGCUAAAAGCUGAUGUUGUAUUGUUACUUGGAGCAAGAAUGAACUGGAUUCUUCAUUUUGGUCUUCCGCCCAGAUUUAAUUCUCAAGUCAAACUUAUUCAGGUUGAUAUAUCUCCUGAAGAGCUUGGAAACAAUGUGAAACCAGCUGUCGCUUUGUUGGGUGACCUAUGUUCAAUUAUGAAACAGCUCAACUCCAGUACACAACACAAAACAGAAACUGAAUUUACAAUAUUACCAAGCUGGAGAAAUGAGUUGAAGAAAAAGAUGAUUGCCAACGUUCAAUCUAAAAAGGAACUUGAAAAUGAUGAUUCAAUUCCGAUGAACUUUUACAGAGCAUACAAAGAGAUCCGGCAAUUUGUACCACGAGAUUGUAUUCUUAUCAGCGAAGGAGCUAAUACGAUGGAUAUUGGCAGAACAGUUUUACCAUGUUAUCUACCACGACAUAGACUGGAUGCAGGAACCUUUGGUACAAUGGGAGUAGGUCUGGGUUUUGCGAUUGCUGCAGCAGUGUUGGUGAAAUAUAAAGAUGAAAGGUUGGAUCCUCCGGCAGGUCGUGUGGUUUGUAUCCAAGGUGAUAGCGCUUUUGGUUUCUCGGGAAUGGAACUGGAAACUGUUUUCAGAUACAACUUACCAAUAGUUUUCAUUAUUUUAAACAACAACGGAAUCUAUAAUGGCGUGGAUGAAGAAAGCUGGAAAGAUCUUGCAAGUUCAUCCGAAGGGGCUGCAAUAAGUGCUCCACCAACCGCACUGUCACCAUCAGCACGAUAUGAAAAAAUUAUCCAAGCAUUUGGAGGUACUGGAUAUUUUGUAAAAACACCACAAGAGCUAAACCACGCGCUGAAGGAAGCAUUUGAAAAAACGAAUGAAGCAUCGCUCAUCAAUGUCAUGAUAGAUCCUUUUUCGCAGAGGAAACAACAGGAAUUUACUUGGUUGACACGUUCAAAUUUAUGAGCUGUAAUAAAACCAGAAUGCAGAAUGGGCAACCUCUUACGUCCAAAUGUCAUGAGGUGUUCGUAUUUCAUGCGAUUGCAUAACAUAUAAACACUUUGCCACAACAAUGUAGAGGUCGAAAGUCUAUGAAUUGAAGUGCUAUAGAUCAAGAAGAGUAAAAGUGUUUACGAUAUAAUUGAAG